GAUUACAAUGGAGCGUUGGCAAAAUAAGGUCGCUGUGGUAACGGGAGCCGGUUCUGGCAUUGGUGCCGCAACUUGUAAAGUUCUGGUAGAAGAAGGCAUGGUUGUUGUGGGUCUAGACAUACGUUUGGAGAAUAUGCAAACCAAGGUUAUGCCAACCAUGGCUGCUGAUAAACAACACAAUUUCCAUUAUUACAAAUGUGAUGUGGGUAAUGAGGACAGUGUUAAGGAGGCCUUUCAAUGGGUGGAGCAGAAAUUUGGCGGUGUAGAUGUUUUAAUUAAUAAUGCUGGUAUUAUAAGGACAAGCAGCAUUUUGGCUGAAAACAAUUCACAGGAUUUGAAAGACAUCAUUAAUAUUAAUGUAAUGGGUGUUGCUUGGUGUACACGAGAAGCUUUUCAUUCAAUGAAGAAACGUAAGUUCGAUGGUCAUGUUAUUCUUAUUAACAGUUUGGCCGGACACAAGGUGCCCAUUUUGCCUGGCAUGAGUUUCAAUAUUUAUUCACCCUCCAAACAUGCCGUCACCGCUAUGACUGAAGUAUUUAGGCAGGAAUUUUCAGCAGAAAAGACAAAAAUUAAAAUAACUAGCAUUAGUCCGGGUGGUGUAAACACAGCAUUAAUGGGUGAGGAUUGUCCCAUGCCGGACGAUAUACCCAUUUUACAACCAGCAGAUUUGGCUGAUGCCAUUCUAUUUAGUUUAAAGACUCCACCUCAUGUGCAAAUUCAUGAAAUGACCAUUAGGUCUGUGGGUGAAUUGGUUUGA